AUGAGCAUUCUGCUACGAUCCUGCUGCGAGUAUGAGGAGUGGCUCGGCGACGGAUCCGUCGAACGAUCCAUCCGCGCGCUCGCCACGCAGUUUGAUCUCGUGGCGCUCACUGAAAGGAUGAGCGAAGGACUGGUCACCUUGGGUCGGCUUUAUGGACUGUCGGCCUGGGACAUGGCGAUGAUCGGCCGGGAAGUGGGCUUCCGGAACGAGGGGUCCAGGAAGCUGGACUGGAUAGACGAAGAGUAUCGACUCGCCACGUACAUUGGCAACAAAAGCACCGAGAUCUACAGAUUCGCGGAGAAGCUCUUCCAGAAGCAAGCUCUGAGUCUCUUCGGAUCCCAAGAGCGCUUGAAGAACGCCGCCGCCACCCUGGACGCGUUGAAUCCGAUGCCUUAG